AUGAGUAACAAUAAAGAUAGCAGCAGUAAUAAAAAUAUGAAUAAAAAAAAGAUAGGAAAAGAUUCUACAAUAAAUAAUAAUAAUAAUAAUAAUAAUAAUACUGGUAAUAAUGAGGCCAUAAAUGAAGAUGUAAAUAAUGAGAAUAGGGCGGACGAUAAUGUAAAAACAGUAGAAGGAGAAAAUCAUGAAAAGAAAGAAGGAGGAAAUAAAAACGAGAAAAAGGACGAGGAGAAAAGGAAUGAUGAAGGAAAUCAUAGUAAUCUAUUGAAUAAGAAGAAAAAAAAUGAAACACAAUUAAAUGUAGAAUCACAACUAGAAGAAGAAGAGAAAAAUAAGAAAAAGAAAAAAUUCAAUAAAGGAAUGAAGCAUAACGAUGAAAAAUCGGAAUUAACAAAAGAGGAUGAAAUAUUAUUAGGAAAUUCAAAUGAUGAUAAUAUGAAGAAGAAGAAGAAAAAAAAAGAUCAAGAUGAGGAAGAAAUGGUAGGACAAAAUGGUAAUAUUAAUCUAAACAAUAAUGAUGUUAAUCAAAAAAUUGGUAAUAUACAUGAAAAUGAUGGAGUAGAAGGGAGAGAAAAACAAAAAAUAUCCUCGCAAGAAUACAGAGGUGAUAAAAGUAAUGUUUUAGUACCAUCUACCUUUCAUCAGAAAAAUUUUAAGGAUAAAAAACAUAUGACAAGAACGGAAAAAGGAGAUAAUUAUUAUAAUAAUGUUAGUCACAUGCAUGAUUGGAGGAAUACUUCAUCUCAUCAUUAUUAUACACAUCAUCAUAAUGAUAAUAUGAAGGGUGGUUUUAUGUAUCACCACAUGAAAAAUAAUAAUAGUAAUAAGAAUAAGAACAAUAAUAAUAAUAAUAUUAAUAGUAAUAAUAACAAUAAUAAUAAUAAUAAUAAUAAUAAUAACAGUAACAAUAAUAAUGACAAUAAUAAUAACAAUGAUGUACAAAGUAAUGAAAAGACGAUACAAGAUUUUCAACCUUCUAUGAAAGAUAUGAAUAAAAAAAGAAGCUUUAAUAAGAAUGAUAAUAAAAAUGUCGAUGGAGUUAACAAUAAUAAUUAUAAUAAUAGCCCAGUGAAUAAUCAUAUGUACAAAAAUAACUUUAAGUAUGACUAUAAGAAUAAUAAGGGUUACAAUUUAAAGAUGGGAAAGGGUUAUAAAGUGCAGACCAUAACAAAUAAUAACAACAGCAAUAAUAAUAAUAAUAAUAAUAGUAAUAAUAGUCACAAUAAUAAUAAUAAUAAUAAUAGUAAUAAUAAUCACAAUAAUAAUAAUCACAAUAAUAAUAAUAAUAAUAAUAGUAACAGUACAAAUUGUGAAUUUAAACCUGGCGAAGGGGUAAUGGAUUCAAUGAAUAAUUUGUUUAUGUACAAUAAUAAUGGUAAUUAUAAUUAUUUAGGUAGCUAUGGAUGUAAUUAUCCAUAUAAUAAUAACUACUAUGUAGAUGAAAAUGAGAAAUGUUAUGAUAUAGGUAAUUAUUAUUCGGGAAAAUUAUAUCCAGAAGGUUAUAACGAGAACAAUUUUGAUGUGCGUUAUAAUUAUAAUAUGAUGAAUGAUUUUUAUAAUUAUUUCCCUUUCAAUUAUUAUUAUUACAAUAUGAACAAUUUAUAUUUUAAUAAUUCUAAUUAUAAUAAUGGACCUAAUUUAUAUAAUGAUUAUAUGAAAAAUCGAAAGAAUAAAAAAUUCUUAUAUGAGAAGGGGAAAAAGAAAAAUUUUAAAAAUAUGAAUACAAAUAAUAUAUAUAAUGAAAUGAAAACGAGAGUUAUGGAAAUAUUCAAAAGAGAAAAUAUUAUGUCAGAUGAUUAUUUGUUGUAUUAUAUGUACAAUAAUAUAAAGUUAAAUAUAGAUAUAAUAUCAAAGCAUCCAUAUAUAUCUCCUCUCAUUAAUAAUAAUACGAAUAUAUUGGUAAAUGUGUUGAACGAUCUUAAGUGUAUCAAUUUACCUAAAAAAGAAUCAGCAUCUGAUAUAGAUACGAUAAAAAUUAAUAAUGAGGAAGCUGAUAAUAAUAAGAAUAAUAAUAAUAUUGAUAGUAAUCAUCAGUAUGGUGAUAAUAAUAUUAAUAAUAAUAAUAAUAAUAAUAUUACUGGUGAAGAUGUUGUGCUUAAAGAUGAAAACAAAAAAUCAAGUAAUGAUUAUGAGAAACAAAAUAUUGAUAUGCAUGAACCUAAGGCUGAUGAUAAGGUGUUGUCUAAUGAAGAAGUAGAAAAAAAUAUUGAUCGCGAUAAAAAUGUAGACAUAAAUGAAAAAAUGAAAUUAUCAGAACAAAAUCAUAAGAGUAAUGAUAAUAAUUAUGAUAAUGUGCCCAACAUAUGUAGUAAUGAAAAGAGUGAUAAUAUUAAUGUUAAUAAUGAUGUAACUAAUAAUAAAAAAGAAACAUCGAAUGAAAUAAAUAAAGAUAGUAACAAUAUAUGUAAGAAUAAUGAUCAAGAAAAUGACACAAAUAAUAAUAAUAAUAAUAAUAAUAAUAAUAAUAGUAAUAGUGCUAUUGAUUUGAUUAAGAACGAUAUUGAAAAUAAUGAUAUGUGUCAAAGUAAUAAUAAAAAAGAAGAAAAUGUUGAAAUUAUAAAUAAUAAUAAUAAUGAAAAUAAUAAUGUUGCUAAGAUUAGUAAAAAAAGUUAUAAUGAAAAAAUAAAUAAUCAAGAAAAUAAUAAUAAUAAUAAUAAUAAGAACAACAAUAUUAUAACUACUGAUCAAAUAGGUUCCAUGAAAAUAUUGUUUGAUGAAGAUAAUAAAAACUUUUUAUUAAAUUUGAAUAACAGAAGAAAUGUUAUAAUUAUAAGAGAUAUUAAUUCUCAUUAUAUUAAUACUAUAAAAAGUUUUGUUUUAAGUAGUCCGGGUAUACAAUCAAAUGAUGUCUUAAAUAUUAGAAGUGAUAUAAACAAUACUAUAUUUAUUACUUUAAAAAAUGAAAAAAAAACUGAAUCUUUAGCACAGUAUUUAAAAACCAAAACAAUAAAUGAUAAAAAAUUAAAUGUGAGAAUAAAGACAACUCAAAAAAUUCAAAACAUUAUUGAGAAUAAUAUAUUUAAGGCAUCAACAAGUAAUCAUGUUAUAAAUACUACAACUAAUAAUAUGAUUAAUAUUGUAAAUAAUGGUAACAAUAGUGCAAUAGGAAACACAAAUAUGAAUAAUUCUUCUAACAGAAAUAAUAAUAAUAAUAAUAACAAUCACAAUAAUAAUAAUAUAAAAAGUAACACUGUUAAUAAUAAUAAUAAUAAUAAUGUUGGUAUUGUAAGUAACAGUAAUAAUAUGAACAGUCAUAUGAAUAUUUUGAAUGGUGUAGGUAAUACUAUACCAGUGAAUGGAAAACAAUUUUUUAAUUUUAAUAAUUUAUAUUUUUUACCAAAUGCAUUAAAUACUUUUGAUAAUAAUAUAUAUUCAAAUAAUGUUAUGACUGGUGGAACUUCUACGACAGGUUCUGCAACAAAUGCGGCGUCUACCAUUCCGUUUGAUGCUUAUAUGAGUUAUUAUAAUUAUAAUAUGAACAGUAGUACUUGUAAUUUAUUUAAUCCUAUGGCAUCUUGUGAUACAUAUAAUAAUGCUUAUAAUAUGUAUGCCCCUCAUCAUCAUCAAGGACAUAACCAAAAUUACAAUCACACUCAUAACAAUCAUAACUAUAAUCAUAAUAAUAAUAAUAGUAAUAAUAACAAUAGUAAUAAUAAUAAUAAUAAUAAUAAUAAUAAUACUUAUUUUCAAGGAAACGAAUUAAAAGGGAAAGGUGGAAUGUAUCCUAAUAAAGGAAUGAAAUAUGGUAGAGGAGGAGCAAACAAUGAACAUUUUAAUAAUUUGAAAUAUUAUUCAAAUAAUUAUGGUAAUUAUAACAAUGCAUAUAAUAACUUCCAUGAAGGAGUUUCAAAUAGAAAUGAGCAUAUAAUAGAUGAAGCUAAUAGAAAAUAUCAUGGUGAACAAAAUGUAAAUGAUAAUAAGGUAGUUCAUAACAAUAGAAUGAACAGACCUAUAAAGGUGGACACAGAUAAUAAUAAUAAUAAUAAUAAUAAUAAUAAUAAUAAUAAUAAAAAUGACAAUGAUAAUAAUAACAAUGAUAAUAAUAAUAAUAAUAAUAAUAAUGAUAAUAAUUAUAAUAAUGAUAAUAAUAAUGAUAAUAAUAAUGAGAGCAGAAGUAGUAGCAAAAAUAAUAAAAUAAAAAAUAAUAAUAGUAAAGGUAAUAAUCAUAAUAAUAAUCAGGAUAAUAAUGAAAAGAAUAAUGACGAUCAUAAUAAUGGAGGUGAUCAUGAUGGAAAUGGCAGUGGGCAAAAUAGUGGAAACAGUAAUACAAGAAAUAACAAUAAUAAUAAUAAUAAUAAUAAUAAUAAUAAUAAUAAUAAUAAUAAUAGUAGUAAUAAUAAUAAUAACAGUAGUAAUAAUAAUAAUAACAGUAGUAAUAAUAAUAACAAUAACAACAACAAUAAUAAUAAUAAAAAAAAUAAUAAUAAUAAUUCAAGCAGUAGUAACAAUAAUAACCAUAAUGCAAAUAACAAUUCUUCCGUUAAAUUAAACGAUGGUAAUAAUUUUAAUAAACUCAAUUUUAACAAAAAAGAUUCUAGCAAUAAAAAUGACAACUCAUCUAACCAAGGAGAUAAAAAAUUAAGUGAUAGGAAAAAUGGAAAUUUUUUUUCUCAUAGAAAUAAUAUCAAAGGUACAGAUAAAAAGGAUGAAGAAUCAAAUCAAUAUUCUCAUAUUUGUAAUAAAAAGAUAGAUUUAAAUAAGGAUGAAAAAUCGAAUGAAUUAGAAGGAGAAGGCAUAAAUUUAAGUGAACAAGGUGGAGAAAAUAUAACUGAUCUUGAUAAAAAGAAAACAUAUAAAAUGGAUAAGAAAAAUAAAAAAAAUCCAACAAAUAAUACUUUGAAUAAUGUAGAUAAUAUGAAUACUAGUGUUACUACAAAUAAGGAUAAAAACGUAGGUAACCAUGAUGAUAAGAAAAUAAUUAAAAAUAAAAACAAACCUGAUGAAAAUGUUAACAACAACACACAAACGUUAAAGAAAUAUUCUUAUGUAGAUAUUAUGGAUUCAUGUAAAAAAUUAACCAAUGUCGAUACUCCUGAAUGUAUUGAAAAGUUAAUGAGUGAAAAUGUUUCUCUAUUUAGAAAACAUGAUGAUAAGUUCUGUUGGAAAUUAAAUGUAUGUUAA